UUGAUUUCCUUAGCCUUAUUUUCAGAUAGUCUCACCGUUGAGAAGGAUAAAGAAGCUGCAGUUCUCAGCGCCAAUGAAGUGUGGGGUGCACUAAGAGGACUUGAGACUUUCAGCCAGCUGAUAUUUCAACCGAAAAAGAACCAGUAUCGUAUCCGUACGGCAUCCAUCCGAGACAAACCGCGGUUUCCCCAUAGAGGAACUCUCAUCGACACUGGACGCCAUUUCCUGUCGCUUUCAAUAAUUUUACAACAUCUGGAUGUGAUGAGUCAGAACAAAAUGAAUGUUCUCCAUUGGCACAUCGUCGAUAGCGAAUCGUUCCCCUACACUUCAGUGAAAUUCCCUAAUAUGUCGUUAAAGGGCGCCUACACUCAAGCUCAUAUCUACUCUAUAGCUGAUAUAAAGAAAGUUAUGGACUACGCAAGGCUUCGUGGAAUCCGAGUUAUCCCAGAAUUCGACACACCCGGUCAUUCUGGAUCCUGGGGCACUUCGAUUCCAAACUUGCUGUCACAAUGUUACAACAGUGAAAAGAAGAUUGAUCAGCUACCCAAUAUUAUGGAUCCAACGCUUCCUGCAAACUUCAAGUUCCUUUCCGAAUUUUUCAGUGAAGCCUUGUCCCUUUUUGGUGACAAGUUCAUGCAUUUUGGAGGAGAUGAAGUGGAAGAGGACAUGCAUAAAUGCUGGUUUGUUUUAUGA